UUGCACCUGGGCAUUCAAUUUCAAGUUGCUCUUGGGGGAGGGACGUCAAUUGCACGCUGAUUGUGGCGUCCUUUAGACGUACACAUUCCCUUGCCAGGACGUUGAAGCUUUGUUUGGUGUUUGGUGGCAGCAUCUGAUCUUGCAUUGAGAAGCCAUAGGGGUUCUUAAGCAGCUUGCACCGCCUCAGUCAAGACAGCAGCCUAGAUCAUCUUACCUUCAGAGAGUUCCGAUAGUUCCUGCAAGCAUGGGGAGUUGGGCCCGUCGAAGGCCUCUGAAAGAUGUGCCGGAAGAGUCACCCUCGGCCCCAGUCCUCAGCGAAGCGCCACAUUUGUCGCCUGGUGCACGCAUAACUGCAGAGGAUGAAGAGAAUCCCCGUGUGCAGCAGUAUUCUGGAGAGCUGUCUCCAAAGUCAGGUCUCCGAAGGCUGUCCAAGCCCGAGACUGAAGAAAAGCCCCUUCAUGACCUCCAGUAUGCUGCGCCGUACAGCGUCGUCUACCCCCCCAAUGCAGCCGACUUUGCAACUCCCCCUGUUCCGGCUCAAAAUUUCUCAGCUCCCCCCCCUGGCACGCCUGGGGCAGCGCCCCUCCCUUCAGAUGCAGCUUUAUACCGGCAGCGGUCAGCAGCAGGACGGCAGAAGUCAAGGCGGUGUGGAUUCUUCUGGGUGAUCCCCCUCAUUGUAGUUGCGUGCGUGACAUUGUUCAUCAUCACGAUGUAUGAGAAUGAUUGUCCACACCAGAGUCCCCAUGUUUCUUGCAUAGCCACAUGGCUGGGCCGCCUCGCUUUUCAGCCCUGGUCAGAGAACCCCCUCCUCGGACCGGCCGCAGACACGCUGCUGCGCAUGGGUGGCUUGCAAUCAUCAGCGAUACGCCACGGGGGUGGCUGGCGGCUGCUGUCGUGUAUGUGGCUGCACGGCGGCGUCUUCCACCUGCUCGUAAACAUGCUCGGACUCCUAGUGGUAGGGGUGCGCCUCGAGAAGGACUUCGGCGCAGUCCGCCUGAUUGUUCUCUACUUCUUGAGCGGGGUGGGUGGAUCCCUCAUGUCAGCCCUGUUCCUUACCAACGUCAUCAGCGUGGGGGCCUCGGGUGCGCUGUUUGGGCUGCUGGGUGCGACGCUGGCGGACCUUCUCACUAACUGGACCAUUUACACCUCCAAGGUGGCAUCGCUACUGAGCCUGCUCAUCCUGAUUGCGGUCAACCUCGCCUUCGGCCUCACUCCGCAAGUGGACAACUUCUGCCAUCUUGGCGGGCUCGCAACCGGCUUCCUGCUCGGCUUCGUGCUAUUCGUGAAGCCGCAGUUCAGCUGGCUGUACCGCGACUACGCGGCCGAGCCCGCGCUGCCGUACAUGCACGUGGACCCGCCCAAAAUGCGCAAGCACAAGACGUACCAAUACGUGCUCCAGGUGGUCGCGGCCCUUGUGUUUCUGGCCCUGUUCACUGCGGCCUUCAUCGCGGUGUUCACUGGAGUCGACGCAAACAAGGAGUGCAGUUGGUGCCACUAUCUGUCGUGCGUCAAGACGCCGCUUUGGAAUUGCGACGGCGUCGGCGGCAAGCAGGUGACGUGUGACGUGACGACCUACACCAACGGCACCGGCACCGUCGGAUGCGCCGACGGCCGCCAGACGUGGGUGCCCAACUUCCCGACGCAAACGCAGGCGCAGCUGCAAAGCAUAUGCGUCCGAGAGUGCUCUUGAAUAAGCGCAGUUGUGACAAUAGGACGGCCUGUUUGACUAUAACAGACUGCAGGUAGUUGAUUUGUAGAGCCUUCAUCCGCAGUUACUGACAAGAACGGUCCAAAAUGUUGUGAGCACAAUAGUAAGUUUACUUAAGACACGUGUUGACUAUACACGGAGAAUAAUGACCGAGACCCAGAGCUUUCGGAACUGUAGUAUGUACCACCGAUGUAGCUAAGAAUAGAUAUAUUGUGACAACGGUAUAGGCGAUUUGAGUUGAAAUGCUCAUGUACUGCAAUCUUGAACGGGGAUGUACUUGGCAGGCA